AUGGAAUACGAUUAUUCUGUUUAUAGAAGGGAAAAAGACCUUCAUAACCGUUGCUGUGGUGGUUUGUUUUGGUGUAUUAAAGAUAUUUGCGGAAUAAUAUGUGCUAUGUUAACAUGGCUUCUUAUUUUAUACGCCGAAUUUGUUGUUAUGGGUGUCAUGUUGUUACCCAGUCCCUUUACAGCUUACAGCAUGAUUAAUUCUGUCUUAUUUCAAAUAUUUGCAUUCAUGGCUUGUGCAUCUCAUUUAAGGACAAUGUUUACUGAUCCAGGUGCUGUUCCGAAAGGUAAUGCUACAAAAGAAAUGAUACAGCAAAUGGGACUCAGAGAAGGUCAAGUUAUUUUCAAAUGUCCAAAAUGUUGCAGCAUCAAGCCAGAGAGAGCACAUCAUUGUUCUGUUUGUCAGAGAUGUGUUAGAAAAAUGGAUCAUCAUUGCCCGUGGGUAAAUAAUUGCGUAGGUGAAAACAAUCAAAAAUAUUUUGUUUUAUUUACAUUUUACAUAGCAAUGAUCUCUUUACAUUCCCUUUUUUUAUCAGUGAAUCAAGUUAUUAUGUGUGUUAAAGCAGAAUGGAAACAAUGUUCAAAAUUUUCCCCACCUGCAACAGUAGUAUUAAUAUUAUUUCUCGUUUUUGAAGCUUUACUUUUUGCUAUUUUCACCGCAAUCAUGUUCGGUACUCAACUCCAAGCUAUAUGGAAUGAUGAAACAGGAAUAGAACAAUUGAAAAAAGAAGAGGCAAGAUGGGUUAAAAAAUCAAGAUGGAAAAGUAUUCAAGCUGUUUUUGGAAGAUUUUCACUCGCUUGGUUUUCACCAUUCACAAGACCUCCAUUGAAAACAAAAGUCGAAAGUUAUUUAUAUUCUGUUUAA